UGUUUAAUGGAAGCUUUACCUCAGGGUUCUGAUGAAAUAUAGUGCAUUAUAACGUGUUUGAUAGCGCCUGCAAAGUCUUUUAAGCUUAAUUAUCCUCCAUUAACCUUUAACUUUCCAAAGCCAAAAUUUGAAUUAGAAAAUUAAACACACAAGAGUACUGUUAUGCUCAUGAUUCUAUAAGCAGAGUAGCUUCCCCGUUUCCAACUUCAUCCUUACCCUCUCAUCUCUCUCUACCUACAAUGAAACCAAUCAUCACUCCUCUCUACCUCUACUUGUUCCUCCACAUCCUCACUCUCUUCGUCACCGGUCAGUCGCCACCAUACACUCCGGUCGACAAUAUCGUCCUCGCCUGUGGCUAUUCCGGCCAACGAAACUCCAAUGACAACAGAAAGUGGAGUGGAGAUAUCGACUCAAAAUUCACCCCAAUUGGUAACGCAUCCGAAUCCAUAAAUGCACCGCCGUCGUCCACCGCUAGCCAAGUCCCUUACACCAAAGCUCGGCUCUCUCGCUCCAAAUUCACUUACACAAUUCCCCUCUCUCCCGGCCAAAAGUUCAUCCGCUUGCAUUUCAAUCCAGAUACAUACACCCCGGACUUCCAACGCUCCAACUCCCUCUUCUCUGUCACCGCCGGCGGCUUCACUCUCCUCAAAGACUUCAACGCCUCCGUCACCGCCGACGCCUCCGGCGGGCCCACGCUGGUCAGAGAAUUCUGUGUAAACAUCGAGACAGGAGAGAGACUCAACAUCAGCUUCACACCAAGCAAAGAUGCGUACGCUUUCAUCAACGGAAUCGAAAUCGUGUCCAUGCCCACCAGUUUUUACUACACCGCAGGCGAAAGCCAAGGGAUUCGGAAUUUAGGCAACGAACAAAACUAUUACAUUGAAAACAGCACAGCUAUGGAGAUGGUGUACCGAAUCAACGUGGGAGGACGCCCCAUCUCGCCGAACGAAGACACCGGAAUGUACCGGACUUGGGAAAAUGGCGACGAAAUCUAUUUGGAUGAUAUAAGUAGAAAAUUGAGCGUGCUACCACAGAACAAUACAAUCGAGCUCAAUUUCUCCAAAGUUCCAGAAUACUCUGCCCCAAAAGCAGUUUACACAACAGGUCGGUCAAUGGGGAUGAACAAAACCAUCAACAAGAGCUAUAAACUCACAUGGGUAUUUCCCUUAGAUCCCAAGUUUAAUUACCUGGUGAGACUCCAUUUCUGUGAGUUUGAAUCUAAUAUUACCAAGUCCAGAGAUCGAGCGUUUCAAAUCUUCAUGGCCAAUCAAACCGCAGAAGAACUUGCAGAUGUCAUCGGAUGGAGUGGAGCAAAUGGGAAUCCAGUUUACAGAGACUACGUUGUGGGAAUGUUCAUGUCUCCGGUUGGAAGCCAGAAGAAAGUUAACCUCUUUCUAGAACUCGCAGCGCUACAGAAAGAUUCGUAUACUACUUACAACGAUGCCAUCUUGAACGGGCUAGAAAUCUUCAAGCUCAGUGACCCGAGUCGGAAUCUCGCCGGACCCAACCCCGACCCACCUCCGGUGAUACCACCAAAGAUACCAUCGAAGAGACCCAGUAAGAAAAAGUCUACUCCUAUGGCAGCUAUUAUCGCAGGCGUAGUUUCCGGGUUACUUAUGCUCUCUGUUCUCGGUUUCUUUGUUCUCCGAAGAGGGAGAAAGGCCAAGGACUAUAGCUCAAGUCAAGUCAAGUGGGGUCUGCUUUCUUUUUCAACGACUACUAAGUCCACCACGUCUUACGGUUCAUCUCUGCCGUCCGAGCUGUGUCAUCACUUUUCAUUGGUGGAGAUCAGAGCAGCCACGCAAAACUUUGAUGAUUCGAACGUUAUUGGGCGUGGCGGGUUUGGUAACGUGUACAAAGGUACCAUCAACGGUGCGUCCACCCCCUUUGCGAUCAAACGGCUGAAAGCAGAGUCGUCACAGGGUGCCCUUGAGUUCAAGACGGAGAUCGAAUUGCUCUCCCAACUGCGUCACGUCCAUCUCGUGUCUCUGGUCGGGUACUGUGACGACAACGGUGAGAUGAUUUUGGUGUAUGACUAUAUGGAAAAUGGGACCCUACGCGAUCAUUUGUACAACUCUGAAAAUCCACCUCUUCCUUGGGAACAAAGGCUUCAAGUUUGUAUUGGUGCCGCGCGUGGGUUGCACUACCUUCACACUGGUGUCAAGUGUAUGAUCAUUCACCGAGACGUGAAGAGCACCAACAUCUUGUUGGACGAUAAAUGGGUGGCCAAGGUCGCUGAUUUCGGGUUGUCAAAAAUGGGCACGACCACCAUGUCUAAGACCCACAUUAGCACCAUGGUUAAGGGUAGUUUUGGUUAUCUCGACCCAGAGUACUACCGUCGUCAACAGUUGACUGAGAAGUCUGAUGUGUACUCAUUUGGCGUAGUAUUGUGUGAGGUGUUGUGUGCUAGGCCGGCUUUGAUCCGUACAGCGGAUAAGAAGCAAAUGAACCUAGCUGCAUGGUUUAAGACCUGUCAUGGAAACGGAACACUUGACCAAAUCAUUGACCCGAAUUUGAGGGGUAAGAUUGUAAAUGAGUGUUUGAACAAGUUUGUUGAAAUUGCAAUUAGUUGUAUGAAUGAUAAUGGGAGUGAACGACCGUCCAUGAAUGAUGUUAUAUGGGCGCUUGAUUGUGCAUUAAAACUUCAACAGACCGCAGAGGGUUCGGAUUUGGAUUUCAAUGCCGGGAAGAAGGGUGAAGAUGAGGCUUCAGUGCUGAAUGAUAGUGAUGCAGGGUUUAGUGGCACAUGGGAAGACUCGUCAGGUUCCAAGAACAGCAGGGUGACCAAAACUAGUAGUAGUUACCAAAAUACUACUGCUAGUGAUUCCAUUAAAGGGCUGUCAGGUACAGUCUUCUCCGAGAUCUACGAUCCCAAUGGAAGAUGAUUCGAUCAAAUAUGAUCGAUCGAUGAGCGAGACUGUUGAUGUAGUGCAUUUGUGUUCAAUGUCUCAACUCAGUUUGUAAUUAAUUAUAUAUGUUGUGUGCUUCAAUCCAAGUGAGUAGUGUGAUGAUGUAAUUUUGAACAAGGAUAUAUCAUUUGCUCCUAUUUUAAGUGCACCUAUCAGAACCGUAGUUUUCCUUCUGCCA